AUGUACAGAGACUAUGGCGAGAUGUGGUAUCAGAAGAAGCGACCCGUCAUCCUUUGCGUAAUGCAUGGAGUGCUCGCACUCUCGGCGCUGCACAUCAUUCAUCGACGACCGAACGAAUCAGAACGACAUAUGAGACUGUGUGACAACCACCAAGCGAAGGCGGUCGGCGCCUUUCACUCAUUGCUAUCCACCCAAUUGAACGAGCAGCUGUCUCAGCCAAUGUUCGCGUUGGCCAGUGUAAUAUCAAUUUCAUCUGUUGCGAGAUCCUGCGCGGUCGCUUACGCCUUGCCAGAACCACGAUACGUCAGCAUGGAUCAAGUCACCGAACUAUUCUUGCUAACACGGGGAGUGGGGACAAUAGUUGAUGCAUGCGUCUCGUGGCUCCGUUCGAGUCCACUGGCGCCCGUGCUCGCUGGGUACGAUAUUCCCGAUCGCGAUCAAGUAACUUUGCCGGACGUUGUCACGGAGCGGUUUCGUGUGCUGGACGAAAUGAUUGAGACAGCUUGCUUUGGCGAACACCAGAGAAAUAUCUGCAGAGACGCACUUUCUGCCCUCGAAGACGUUCACAGGAGCGUCGUGCAUUACUCAGCUAAGAACCAGCUGCAGACGGGCCAUGUUUUCAGCUGGAUGACCGCAAUACCUCUGGACUUUGUGACCUUCAUUCGAGCUUCAGUGCCGCCGGCGCUAGUCAUACUCGCGCACUUUGCAUCCGUGUCGCUUGCUGUACAGUCCGCCUGGUACAGCACGAAUUGGGGCAAUUACUGUCUGCAAGGAAUAAAGCAGGAGCUACACGGUCACGAUCUGCAGCAUUGGCUUGACUGGCCAAAAGCUCACGCAGACACAAACAUGUCGAUCUUGACAGCGGAGAGUAAUCAAAGCUCCUCUUAG